GUAUACCCAUCAGAGUGCCCCCUUACAUCAGGGUCCCUAUCAGAGUGCCUCCUUACAUCAGGGUCCCUAUCAGAGUGCCCCCUUACUUCAGGGUCCCUAUCUGAGUGCCCCCUUACAUCAGAGUCCCUAUCUGAGUGCCCCCUUACAUCAGGGUCCCUAUCAAAGUUCCCCCUACAUCAGGGUCCCUAUCAGAGUGCCCCCUUACAUCAAGGUCUCCAUCAGAGUGCCCCCUUACAACAGGGUCCCUAUCAGAGUGCCCCCUUACAUCAGAGUCCCUAUCUGAGUGCCCCCUUACAUCAGGGUCUUAAUCAGAGUGCCUCCUUACAUCAGGGGUCCCUAUCAGAGUGCCCCCUUACAUCAAGGUCUCCAUCAGAGUGUCCCCUUACAUCAGGGUCCCUAUCAAGGUGCCCCCUUACAUUAGGGUCCCUAUCAAAGUGCCCCCUUACAUCAGGGUCCCUAUCAGAGUGCCCCCUUACAUCA